UUUCAGGCUUCCACCCACACAAUUCGUAUCUGUUAAUUUAAAAAUGAAUCGAAAAGGCCCCAAACCCAAAAACCGCGUAUUUCCAUCAACUUCCAACACGGUGGCUAAUUUAGUCCGCGUCGCCAAGAAUGUGGGGAUCGAUCGUCAAGCCAUUGAAGACGAUGUCGAGUACCUGCUAUACCACUUUAUUAGUAAACCGAACCAAAGCUUUAGCGAUUUUGACGAUCUAUGGAAUGAACUUCAUUUCAACUAUGUCCAUUUUGCUUGUUUGAAAAGAGAAUUUCGAGAAAGUUAUUUGAAUGCUUUUUUCACUAGCUUUUUGGAUCACUUUUCCAGUCCAUUGCCGUCAGUAAAAUGUGCAGUGCUAUUCUCAUUGUAUUUUCUGUAUAUUUCACAGCCUUCUGUAUGGGGCAAGAUGAAAAUUCGUGUCACAAAAGACAUAUACAAUGCCUUAUUUCAAUUCUACUAUGAAUCUAUUCUCAAAGAAAAGCAUCCGGAAGCCGCAUUAAUAUUUGAAAAAUUGCGAGAUAUGGAGGCCUUUUGCUAUGUCGCCGAGCAAGAACCAGAAACGCAUCAUUUGAAAGUAACAGUUGAAUUUGAAAAAUCGAUGAAUCUUAAGCACCAACUACGAGACUUUAAACGAAAAUUGAUCGAAAAUGACCCAUUGCAUUAUUGCUUUGAUGACAGCAGCAGACUUAAAAAUGAAUUUCUGACUUUGGCCAACCAGUAUCAAAAAUUGAAAGAAGAGUUAUUUUGCACGCCUCAAGCAACGAUUGCCACACAACAUUUGGUUAAACAAAGACUCAAUGUGAACGAAAAACGGCCGAAACUGCUAAGAAAAGUUCUUUUAAACAGUGACAUCGCGCAGAAUGAAACUGAAAUACUGAAACGUAUAACAAGAACAGGGCAGCAAAUGUUGAAUACGAAAAGAAGAAGACUACAAGAGAAGAAAUCGUCGUUCUAACAUGAUCUAUAUAGCUGAGAAUAGUGAAAACAGCUAGAGUGUGAUCAGUUGAUCUUUCAGAAAAGUGUAAAGAUAAACCUGUUAAAAAUGACGUCAAUUUGGUUUUUGAUUGGUUUUCAUUAUUGUUUUUACACAGUUAGAAAGAGUUACUCUUUAUGUGUGUGUGUGUGGGUUUUGAAAUUAGCAUAAAAUUUGUUUGUGAGUACAGUUUGGAAAACUCAUUAAAGCCGCUUCUUUUG